CUUAUUUAUUUUGCCACUUCCUUCAUUCAUCGCACCAUUUCACGUUGUUGUUCCUUUCCUCCUCUCUUUCUCGUCUUCAUAAACAGAGAAAGAAAAUUGGGAAGGAAAACGGGAAGAAGGUCUAAAAGCAAAGAGAUAUUGUAAAAAAUGUACAGAGUAGGAUAUUUGAUUUCAAGAGUAAACUCGAAGACCUCAUUGUUCUCAUCAUCAUCAUCAUCAUCGCGUUUCUCGUAUCAAUCUCGUCAUUUCAUCACUACAUUUCGGCCUCCUCCUGUUUUCGUUGAUGACUAUGACACUAAGAAGGUCUUCCAUACGAUUGUUGUUGGCUUAAGGCAAUCAACUUGCGUGGGUAAAGGCGAGGAUCCUUUCGAUGGGAAGUUUCUUUCUGAUCCUCAACGAGAAGGCCUGAACCAGUUCAAAGCAAUUUUCCUAGGAACUGGUGUUCUGGACAAGACUUUAAGUACUCCAAAGCAUAUUCAUGCUGGUCGGAAGCAUAAUGAUCUGGAUGAUGUUGGGAAAGAUACUCAUCAUCGAACAUUUUUUGAGGUGCUUGGUAACUGUUCCUUUGGAGAUUGCUUCAAAUCACGAGCUAUUUCAUGGGCAUUGGAGCUUCUCACACAAGUUUGCUCGGUGGAACUUGUAAAGUUUUAGUGCUUCAACGUUUUCUGUUUCAUUAUGCUUGUUUUGAUGGAAUAGGCUUUCUUGUAUGAUUUUAUAGUUUCUUUGCUCAGUGACUGAACACAUGCUAUGCUGGGAAUUUUUUUUUGUUCUCUUGUAAUCUUUAUGGAAGAUUGAGAAUUUGGUACUUAGCUAAUGAUAUUUGAUGAUCAUGUGUGUAAACUACCCGCUGACCGUAUAUGUGCCAUGUAUUUUGGUGGUGACGAGAAAUUGAGCCUGGAAGGUAAUGAUGAAGCAAGGGAUAUAGGGCUGGAAUUUUCGCCAGUCUUGCCUUUUGGGCGCAAGGAACCACUUGUUGCAUUGACGGCUGUUCUCAGAGCUCCAAUUGGUCGUCUUAUGGGUCAUACUAGAGUAUAUGUAUCUACUAUCGGGGAGUCUAAUCCUUUCAGUUCACAUCCAGUCCGGUUAUAUGCAAGCGUGCCUCAGAAGUAUUUCAGGGUUUGGUGGAAGUAUCCACCUAAAGGAUUUUAUAAAGGCAAUACAGACGCAAGUUAUAAGGACGGGACUGAUCUCGCUUGGGUUGGAGGAAUUAUUCGUGAUGAUGAAGCAGAAUAUGUGCGUGCCUACAACAAAGAAAUCCAAGCACCAACCAGCCCUCUGGCCGAGGCCAAAGGUGUGUCUGAACUUAUUCUCUAUGCUGAGGAGCAUGGGUUUCUGCCUAUUGUGAUUGAGACUGACUGUAAAGCUGUAAAGGAUAAAGCGAUGAGUAAAACACUCCACAGCGAAUCCAUUUAUAGAGAUAUGCAGCUGUUAGUCAGGAAGCAUAACGUCACAGUAUUUGCUGCAUACGAAGAGGUCAAUGAAAUUGCAAAUCAACGGGCGCGUUUAAGGUAUAAUGGAAUGCAUGAAUACAAGGACAUCACUGAGCUGCCCCUGAGUAUUCAGCAGGAUGUCAGAACCCGCCUUGCAGAUGAAAAGAACAAUAAACCUUACCACAGGCUGCGGAAGUCCAAGAAGUAGAUAAGUAGUUGAUGCUAAUCCAAGAAGAGAACCUACUUCGUUUGAUACUUAAGAUGCUUACAAACUUUUUUUUUGAUCAGAACUGAUAGUAGUUGAUGCUUGGGAUGAUUACCACUUGAUAGUGGUUGUUGUUAGCGAAUUUUAACAAUUUUGGUACCACUGAUAGUUCUUAUAUAAUUAUUAGAAGGAAGAGAAGCUAUAAUAUUGAAGAUAUUUUACUAUUUCAAA